AUGGUUCCCCACCAAUAUCUUGUCUACAACAUCAAGCUGUCGUCGGUCGGACCAGGUCGAGUCACCGGUUCGGACGUGGUUCAUGACCUGACCGGCCUUGACUUAGCCAUGAAACUCCACCACCUCAAAGCCGUGUACUUGUUCACCAGCCAUGCGGCGGAAGGGCUGAACGUGAAGAGCAUAAAAGAAGCCAUGUUUUACUGGUGCAACGAUUACUUCAUGACCUGUGGGAGGAUCAGGAGAUCGGAGCCGUCGGGUCGACCGUACAUAAAGUGCAACGAUUGCGGCAUAAGGUUCGUGGAAGGUGUUUGCGAUAAAACUAUGGAUGAAUGGCUUGAAAUGGAGGACGAUUCAAGGUGGAAUUCGCUUGUUUAUCAUCGAGCCAUCGGCCCUGAAUUAACGUUUUCUCCUUUAGUUUACUUCCAGGUCACUUGGUUCAAAUGUGGAGGAAUUUCCCUAGGGAUAAGUUGGGCUCAUCUCCUGGGAGAUGCAUUUUCACUCUCAAAUUUCAUCAACAACUGGGGCCAAUGCAUGGCUACGCUCGAAGCGAAUGGGUUCCCAACCGUCGCGCCAAGGUCCUUAACCGGGGUUCCAAAACCCGAACCACUUUCAGCAAAACAAGCGAACCAAGUUGGAGACCUCUGGGUGAUUGCCAAUAACUGCAAAUCUGACCAUUCACACCCUACAAAUCUGACACGCAUCAGAAAGGACGUGUCCUGA